AUGACAGAUAACCCCCAAACUGAUGUUCUCAUUAUUGGCGGUGGACCCGUUGGCCUGCUCAUUGGCUACAGUCUGGCAAGGCAAGGCGUGGGCACCAUCGUCGUGGAGCAACAUGAAAAGGUCCAGCAGCCAAUGUAUGGCAGAGCCUGUACCUUACAUCCCCGAACCUUAGAAAUGCUUGACCAGCUCGACCUUCUCGAUGACUUGAACCAAAUUGGAUAUAUUUGUCGCAACAGCGUGACCUGGAAAGACGGCAAGCGGAUCACUUCACGAGGCUGGCAUCUCAUGUUUGAUCGUAUGGAUGGAACUUUUAUGGAUUACUGUUUGAACCUGCGGCAGAGAUAUUCGGAGGACGUUAUUCGAGAAGCGUAUAUACAUGCCGGAGGGCAGCUUCAUAUGGGUUGGAAGCUAGAAGACUUUUCCCUUUAUUUGUCUCAAAAUACGGAUUUCAAAGUGACCGGCACAAUCUGUCGCGUUGGUGCUGAUAAUGAGCGGGUGACAAUUAACAGUCAAUUUAUUAUCGGUGCGGAUGGUGGUCAUUCCACUGUUCGAAAAUUAGCAGGCAUUCAAGCCCAAGGUGAUCGGACCAGCUUCAAACUUAUUCGUAUUGAUGGUGAGUUCAAGACGAACAUGCCAGAUGACGACGUGGGGUUCGCCUCCAUUGAGUCUAAGAGUCACGGAAAUGUUCUUUGGGCUCAACUGGAUCAUGGAGUCAAACGAAUUGGAUUUGCAGCAACUCCAGAGAUGCUAGCCAGAUAUGGUGGCUCUUUAACAGAGGAACAGGCCGUAGCAGAAGCUGUCAAAGCAAUAGAACCAUUUACUCUCGAGAUAGAGAAAGUUGAAUGGUGGACUCUAUAUAAUGUCAAUCAACAGUUAGCAGAUACUUACUUGGCAAACGAGCGAGUUUUGCUAGCCGGCGAUGCGUGUCACAUUCACUCUUCUGCUGGUGCUCAAGGAAUGAACACGGGUGUCCACGAUGCGGUGAACCUUGCCUGGAAAUUAAACGGCGUGAUAAAAGGAUGGUAUAAGCCCGAGGCUCUCCAGACAUACGAGGACGAGCGUCGAACAGCCGCACAAUACCUUAUAAAACUUGACAAGACCAUUUCUGCGACCGUCUUCGGCACUGUCCCAGAAGAGCACAAAGGCUUGUCUCUCGACGCCAAUGAGCUAUGGACUAAGAUUACAUCCGACUCGAUGCUGUUUAACAUCGGGUUGGGUGUCAGUUAUCAAGAAAAUUUAUUCAACAAGUACCCGUUGACGGGUAUGAUCUCAGCUGGACACAGGGCCCCCGAUUCGCUCCUCAUGGCCCCUGGAUCUCGAGUUCCCGCUCGGCUCUAUCAAUUCACUAAGAACACUGGCCAGUGGCCUAUUCUUGUAUUUGCUGGGCAACCUGCUGUCACAAAGGAGAAACUGACUUUAGCGGUAGUGGGAUUGCUUAAAUUGCAAUCUACUCUGCCUAAGGGGAUGGUUCGUUUUCUUACUUUGAUUGCUGGAAGUUUUGGCGGCGGAAACAGUCUUUUUGGAACACCGCGAAUCGGAAGGUUUUACUUUGAUCCAGAAUAUUCUGCUCACGGGAGGUAUGCAAUUUCUACGACGCAGGGUGCUGUUGUGGUUCUUCGACCAGAUGGUAUUCUAGGUUAUGCCACUACCUUGGAUGAUACAACAAGCAUCGGUGCUUUCUUUGCCGGCUUUAUUAGAUCUAGCUGA